GUGCCCAUUCGUUUCCUUUCUGCCGCUCUGUUCGUUCAGUCCCCCCUAACACGCACCGCAGCAGCGGAGAUGGGGGCUCCCAGCCUAGCUUCCCUGCUCGGCAACGGCCUAGUGAGCUGCCGGAGCUACGUUCCUCCGCCGAUGUCCCUUCUCCGAACUUUAGCGGCGACCCAGCUUGUCCUCAAGAAGCCUCGGAGUCCCUGCUUUUCCCGGCGUCUAUGGAGCUCGAGGACCGGAGCUGUAACAUGUGAAACCGCUAAGUCAGAUGUUAUCUACACUUCACCGCCUCCUCCUGUUAAUGGAUACCCAGAAUAUAACCGGCUACUGCCAUGUCCCUUACACAACACACCGCCCAGAGUUGAACAUUUGGUUGUUUCAGAAGGAGGACCUGCCUUAGAUUACAUCUCUAAAGCUCUGAAUCUUCCUCCACUGUUUGUUGCAGAUCUUAUUCAGUUUGGAGCUGUGCAUGCUGCACUUGUAUGUCCACAGCCUCCACCAAGUGCUACACCUGAGCAGAUGAGGAUCUAUAAAGAGGUCACAGAUCCAGUGGUUUUAAAAUCUAGGGCUUCCAUUAAAGGUAAAACUGUACGAGAAGCCCAGAAGACAUUUAGGAUAACUGAACCAAACCAGUUUGUUGAAGCAGGAUCAUAUUUGCGUAUCCAUGUACACCCCAAGCGCUUCCCCAGGUGCUAUGAAAUCGAUUGGAGAUCAAGAAUAAUAGCUGUGGAGGAUUCAUAUGUGGUGUUGGACAAACCUGCUGGUACUUCUGUAGGGGGAACUACUGACAACAUCGAAGAGAGUUGUGCAACUUUCUCAAGUCGCGCCCUUGGUCUCGAAGAACCACUCAAGACUACUCAUCAGAUUGAUAAUUGCUCAGAGGGAUGUGUUGUGUUUGCUAAGACAAAGGAAUACUGCUCAAUUUUUCAUGGAAAAAUAAGGGACAAAAUGGUUAAGAAGCUAUAUCUUGCUCUUGCUGCUGCACCUGUGCCAGUCGGAAUCGUAACACAUUACAUGCGCCCAGUUAACAUGGCCCCGAGAAUUGUUUCUGAAGAUUUUGUGAAGGGAUGGCACCUGUGUCAGCUCGAGGUGAUGGAAUGUAAAAGAGUCCCUUGGCCGAACUCUAUCAUUGAGGAGAAGUAUAAUAUUGAAGACUGCGGGUGGCCCAAAAAGGAUUUUGCAUAUGAGUGCAAAAUCAACCUCUUGACUGGAAAAACUCACCAGAUCCGGACACAGCUAGCUGCCCUUGGUGCACCCUUAGUGGGCGACUCGAUGUACAUGCCCUCCGCAAUUGCAGAAAUGGCCAAUCCUGGGAUUAACCCAUUUGGGAAGCUCAAAACAUUGUAUACUAAUGAGACCGAUAAAGCUGUCGCUGUUGAACAGUGGAUAGCACAGCAUGGGAAGGAGCCCUCAGUAGCAAUUGGCCUUCAAGCGUGCCAGAUUUCUUGGGAUGAUGAUACGCACAUUUAUAGGGCAGAGUCCCCGUGGUGGAGAUAUGAAUAGGUUCAAAGAACUCAUACUUGUUGAGAAGUAUAAUUAUGAGUCCUUGAUAUUCUACUUUUCACACUAAGAGCUUUUCAUUCCAAAUUUAGUGCUUUUCCUGGCUGCGAUAUUUUUUUGGCCAUUUUUCCUUUUGAUCUUUUCUAGCAUGAGGGAGAAAUUUCCUUUGAUUUUUUUUUUCCAGCUAGAGUACUCACUGACAUAUUAAUGUAAUUCAUCAUUUUUUGUGAUCAUACACAAUUGAUUGUUGAAGUUCUGGUUUCA